AUGCCCUUGAGUCUUGAAGAUAGGGAAGGUGCCACAGAUGACUAUGCAAACCCACAACCACCGAGACAUCCGUUCAUAAGAUUGAUAAAUAGUGUUCGAUGCCACAAUGUGCCAGUGCUAAACUUUAUCAUCAUCGGGAUAUUGGGAUCGUUUCUAUUCAAAUUAACCACAAAAUAUACCGGGUUAUACAUGAAGAGCUCAUUAAUUACAAUUAUAGUUACUAAUUUAGUGCUAUUUGGAAUAUCUGAAACCAUGGCCCAAUCUAUAUUAUGUUUUCGAAGAGAUCAACCUCGGAUGGAUUUUAGAUUUAAUGAACCAGGUCACAGUGGUAUGUCAUUUAAUUCGAAUGACAUUGCAUUGACCACAGAGGAUAGACUGGAAUAUAGAGAUGAAGAAGAAGAACAGGGAGAUGAUGUCGCAAGCAUUUCCAGCAUAGACGAAGAAGGAUUGGACCGGUUUAUAAAUUAUUUACGUCAAGAUAACGAAUCAAUUGUGGAGAAUUCUACGAUUGAUGAGGGAUUCACAUCAGCCUUAUCACCUCCAACUCAAUUAACAUAUUUUCAAUUUAACAGAUUAGCAGGAUUCAUGUGUUGGGGGUUUAUGAUGGCUUUUGUACAAUGCUGGUGGUAUAAGUUCUUACAAAUAUAUUCCAAAGAUCCUAAAUUUAUUGAAGUUUUACGGAAAGUAUUAACUGAUCAACUUUGCUUUUCACCAAUCUCAUUAUUUUGCUUCUUUACCUAUGGUACAAUAGUACUUGAAAGUGGUAAUUGGGAGCAAACAAAGCAAAAGUUGUCAAGAAUUUAUUUAAAAACUUUAAUUAUUAAUUAUUCAGUUUGGUUCCCAGUUCAAUUCUUUAAUUUUUUAAUUGUUCCUAGAAAUUUUCAAGUUCCAUUUAGUUCAUCGGUUUCAGUAUUGUGGAAUUGUUUCUUAUCCAUGAGAAAUUCCCGUAGUUAG